AUAGAUCACUUGCCAUAUUACCCAAGACAUUUUGAACCAUUACCUCGUCAAGUUCACUCGCAGAACAUUUCGUUUCGUGUCUAGUUUCUUCACUGAUGUGCAUGUUUGGUGUUUGGUUUCGCUGUGGUUGUUUGUAACUUAAUCUUAGGCACACAUUUUAAAAUGGCGAUCACAUCCAGCUUCUUCAACAGCUACAAAACCUUCAUGGAGCAACACAGUCAUCCAUCCACCAAAAAUUGGUUUCUGAUGGGCACCCCGGUACCACUGUUGAUCAUUUUGGUGACCUACGUGUAUUUUUGUAAGUCGGCCGGGCCUAGGUUUAUGCGUGACAGGAAACCUUACGAUCUCAAGAACGUGAUUGUCGUCUACAACAUCAUUCAAGUGCUGUUAAGUGUGUACAUUGUGUGGGUGGGUACGCCAUAUUGGAUUGGAGGCAAGUAUAAUUUUGCUUGUGAACCAGUCGGGAAUGAUUAUGCCGUCCAGUCAACUGUUUGGGUCUAUUUUAUGUGUAAAAUUAUUGAAUUACUAGAUACAGUGUUUUUCGUAUUAAGAAAGAAGUACAAUCAAGUGUCCUAUUUGCACGUGUACCACCACACCUUGAUGCCAAUUUGUGCGUGGAUAGGAACGAAUUUCCUGCCAGGUGGGCACGGUACCUUGUUGGGUUACAUUAACUCAUUCAUUCACAUCAUUAUGUACGCCUAUUACUUAAUAUCGUCGAUGGGACCUCAAUAUCAAAAAUAUCUGUGGUGGAAGAAGUACUUGACAUCCAUGCAAUUGAUCCAGUUCGUCAUAAUCUUCGUCCACAACUUCCAAGUGAUGUUCAGAACAUGCGACUACCCCAAGUUCAUAAACUUCCUCCUUCUCUCCCAGGCAGCCUACUUCCUCUACCUCUUUGGACUCUUCUACAAGAAGACCUACUUGAAGAACUCCAAGACUUCAUCCAACACAACUAAACCAACGAAUGGAAUCAAAAUUAGUGACUAUUCGAAGGGUGUUAUUUGUAAUGGAUACGUUGCUUCACUUUAUGCAACCACUGGCAAAGUUAAGAACACGUAAAAUUAAGUAUUGUAUAUUUAUGUAAUUUGUACAAAUUUAUGUUAGUAUUUAUGUUUAUUAUUAUUUUGUUUACAUUUAGUUAGUAUAUUAUUAACGUUAGUCGAUUAAUUCCAAAAUGAAACAAAUUAAUGGACUUAAAAUGUCUACGCAAAAAUGAUUGGCAGGAAAUGGAUGAAAAUUUGUAUACUACAAUGUGAUAUGUAGAAUUAUUAUUAGAAAAUGAAAAUAACAACAUUAACUACGCAUUAAGUAGCAUUAACGUAAAUGAGGUAUUCUAGAAUCUAUGCAAAUCAAAAUUUUAUGUCUAGUCAGAAUAAAAUCAUUUUUGAAACCAUUAGUAAUGUAAACUUUCAAUUUUUUUAAGUUACUUUAAGUUAAACAUUCUGUAUCUGUAUCUGUGUUUACUUGAUUUUAUUAUAAUUUUAGAUGUUAUUGCCUUGUUUAUAGAUGUAAAUUAAUGUAUUAAAUUAAAUUUAUAACAAAAAUUUAUUAUAGAAUUGUUAUAAAUUAAAUUAUUUUCAUUUUGCUCACUCUCAUUGAUGUAUGUAUGUAUUAUGUAGGUAUAUAUUUUUUAAAAAGAAAAUAUUUUUUUAGAAAUUAUUAUUUUUAAAUUGAAUUGUUUAUUGUUUUCACUUUAUUGUAUUUCAUAGAUUAGAAUAAUAAACAAUAUACUAGUUUAUUAAGUGAGAAGUAAUAAACUAUUUCCAGUGU